AUGGAGGUGAGCUCCAUGUCCCCACCUUCUGCCUCUCCCACGGAAGAAGCCGAUCUGUGUCAGAUAGAUGUCACCAACGUGGCCAUACACAGUGUGUCACUGCUCAUCUGCCUCUGUGGCCUGGCAGGGAAUGGGGCUGUGGUCCGGCUCAUCGUCAUGAACGACAUUACUGAAUUCAUCUUUGACCUGGCUGUCGCUGACUUCCUCUUCCUCCUCUUUGCGCUGCCCUCUGCCCUGCUCUUCCUGCUGGAGGACGUGUCCUGCUCUCCUAUCAUGCCCCUGGUGUACGUGAGCUUCCUUUUCCAGCUGUCCAUGGUCUCCUACUACUGGGGGCUGUUCCAGCUGGUGAACAGCAGCAUCAUAUUGGACAUGGACAAGCUCUGCAAGCUCUGCUGCCGCUACAACAUUCCCAAGCGCCGGCUGUGGGUGCUUGACAGUGUCCAAUACUGGACCUUCUUC